UUUUAAAUGCAAUCCCAGUUUUCAUUCUCUUGGCUUUAUAUAUAUUGUGAUCACUGUACCAAUUUGAAAACCAUGUCCUCACUUCCCUCUCCCUCAACUUGUGUAUUUAAUGUUUCUUUUGGGGUUUUCUUCUUUUUCCCUUGAUUAAUAUUUUGAAAUUUGUUUUGAGUGUAUUUUUUAUUUAUCCCUCCACAGACAUACACAGGAUAUGUUAUUCUUAUUUUAAAAUUGAUUGAAGUUUUUUGUUCUUUUUUUCUGCAGGAGGUUGUUUGAUUUGCUGAGUUUCUGGUGAGGUUGUUCUUGACUAUUGUUGUUAAACGACCCUUAUAAUGUUGUAAAAAUUCAAUCUUGACUGCUCCUACAAAACUCAAAUUUUGUGGAAAGUCAACCUUUGCCCUUAAAUAUAGCCAAUCUUGAUUAUAGUCCUUCAAUUGUUUGAUUUUGGUCUCAAAAUGAAUGAAUCUAAGCCAUCUUCAAAUUCAAGAAACCUUCCUGAUUUCCAACAAUCUGUGAAACUGAAGUAUGUUAAACUUGGUUAUCAUUACCUUAUUACUCAUGGAAUGUACCUGUUUUUGUCACCUAUAGUUGUUAUCAUUGCUGCUCAACUCUCAACAUUCUCAUCAAAUGACCUUUAUGUUCUUUGGGAUCAGCUUAGGUUCAAUCUCAUAUCUGUUGUUAUUUGUUCCACCCUUUUAGUCUUCUUGUCUACUGUCUAUUUCAUUACUCGUCCUAGCCCGGUCUACCUCGUUAAUUUCUCGUGCUAUAAACCCGAAGAUGCUAGGAAAUGCACAAGGGAGAAUUUCUUGGAAAUGUCUAAGUCUGUUGGAACAUUUUCAGAUGGAAAUCUUGAGUUUCAAAGGAAGAUUGUUGAAAGGUCUGGUCUUGGUGAUUCCACGUACCUCCCUGAAUCCGUGACUAGUAUACCGCCAAAUCCUUGUAUGGCGGAAGCAAGAAAAGAAGCUGAGGCUGUCAUGUUUGGAGCAAUUGAUGAGCUUCUUGCUAAAACCUCUGUUAAGCCUAAGGAUAUUGGGAUUUUAGUAGUGAAUUGUAGCUUGUUUAACCCGACCCCUUCUUUGUCUGCGAUGAUUGUCAACCAUUAUAAACUUAGGGGGAAUGUUAUUAGCUAUAAUCUUGGUGGAAUGGGUUGUAGUGCUGGUUUGAUAUCGAUUGAUCUUGCGAAAGAUCUGCUUCAAGUCCAUCCCAACACUUGUGCCUUAGUGCUUAGUAUGGAAAACAUCACUUUGAAUUGGUAUUUUGGUAAUGAGAAAUCUAUGCUCCUUCCAAAUUGCUUAUUCCGGAUGGGAGGUGCUGCAGUGUUGCUUUCAAACAAAAGAUCUGAUAGGAAACGAUCAAAGUACCAGCUGGUUCAUACUGUUAGAACUCACAAGGGUGCUGAUGAUAAGAGCUUCACAUGUGUUUACCAAUUGGAAGAUUCCGAUGGCAAAGUUGGAGUCUCUCUGUCGAAAGAGCUGAUGGCAGUAGCUGGUGAUGCUCUAAAGACAAACAUCACAACAUUAGGUCCUCUUGUGCUUCCUAUGUCUGAGCAGUUCCUUUUCUUCACCACAUUGGUGGGGAGGAAGCUAUUGAAGGCGAAGAUAAGGCCUUAUAUCCCGGACUUUAAGUUGGCGUUUGAGCAUUUCUGCAUUCAUGCUGGUGGAAGAGCUGUACUAGAUGAACUAGAGAAAAACCUUCAGCUUUCUGAUUGGCAUAUGGAGCCUUCAAGAAUGACACUUAAUCGAUUUGGCAACACUUCAAGCAGCUCCCUUUGGUACGAAUUGUCCUAUUCCGAAGCCAAAGGAAGGAUCAGGAAGGGAGACCGAACGUGGCAAAUAGCAUUUGGUUCAGGAUUUAAGUGUAACAGUGCUGUUUGGAAGGCUUUAAGAAGUAUAAAUCCAGCCAAGGAGAAGAAUCCCUGGAUGGAUGAAAUUCAUCAGUUCCCUGUUGAUGUUCCAAAGGUUGCAUAAAUCUAAACAACUCAAUGGAACUUUAAAUUAGUUAAGUGUUUCCUAAAUGUGUAAAGUUGAAUUAUUCAUCAGAGGGGUAGUCAUUUUGUUGCCUCCAAAAGUAGUACUUAGGUGAUCCAAUUUGUUUGUGUUUCUAAAAGAUUUAUGAAAUACUGAAGUAAUUGUUUUCAAAAUUUUAUGAAUGUCCAAGUAUACAUCUCAUUGCUGAACAAAAAAUUAAGGCGUAACGGUGAUCAAGAGGCCAACAAAGCUUAAAAGGUUCUUUUUAGUGAAUUUUUUCCAAUACAAAUACAAAUUCACGCAAAACUUGUUAAGUUUCUGAAAAUGCCCAU